AUGGAGAUUGCUUCGGAAUGUACCGCCGAAUGUAUUUCGCCUGGUGAGAGAAGCGUUAUCGUUGCGGCAAAAGUGGCACUCACCCGACAGUCCUUCCUAUUUCUGAAACGAUGCAAGGCGACUGAUAUUCUACCAAGAUUCAUUCUAAAUAAAGAGCUUGGAUCAGUGAGCGACCUUCCUGAUAAACACCCCAGAAUCAAGAACAUCUAUCGAUCCCUGCUCAAUGUGGUUAUCAGAGAAAAACAACAUCUACUGUAUUCAAUGCUGCUGAAGUGUAAAGCUAAAAAAGAAUCAUGUCGCCGCCUUCUGUCGGAAGAAGUAUGGAGAAGGAUUGAAGGUGAAUCGAAACGCCUGUGUGAUCUUAUCUGUUCUGACGCCAAGGCCACGCUCUGCGCCAAGUACGAUUCCCUGUGGGACGCACAACGGGUAAGAAAUUCUGAUAAUGAUCACUUCUCGUCCAAUUGUAACCUAUCCGAACAACAUAGCCCACAACAGCCAAACAUCAUACUUGAAAAAGCAAGAGUCAUCGUCGUGGGCGAUGCAUAA